AUGAAGCUCGAGGUCCGUGCGACGCAGGAGACCAUCGGCGUGGAGCUCGGGCAGCGCACCAAGGGCUUCGUCGAGGGCCUCGGUUUCGCCAUCGACGCGUUUGUCUUGGACGUUAAGGUCGAUGGCGGCAAGGGCUGCGGCACAGGGCGCAGUGGCGCCAUCCACGCCUCCCAGAAGGAGAAGGAGCUCAACCAGAUCUUCCAUUACGGGCUCACGCAGGUGAUCGAGGAGGCUCCGCCGGGCUGGUGGGGCACGGCGCUGCCGCCAGCGGAUUGGCGGGGGGCGAGGCCGCCUGCCUCGCCGCCGACCGCGGAGUUGCAGAUGCGCAGCCAGCAAGGGGCGGAACUCAACGCGGAGAUCCUCUCCCUGGGGCACGCGCAGGCGCCGACGAAGGAGAAGGACCCGUUCGGCUUCGAGGAGGCGGCGGAAGCCAUCGCAGCGAAGAAGCACAAGCACAAGUCUUCGAGUUCAAGAGCGAGCUCGCGCUCCCGCACCAAGAAGAAGGACCAGACAUCCAAGAAGGACGAGAAGUCCAAGAACGAGGGCAAGGGUAAGCACACUCGCAGGUCGCCGUCGACGUCGCUGGUGGACCGUUCCCAGGCGGCCAAGAGAGGCGCGCCCAUUGCCCGAGUCUCGAAGUGGAGGUGCGAGAUGCUCAGGUUUGUGAAUUUCGGGUUCAGGGCGAUGCGCUGGGAGUGCAGCUCCCCUCCUCCGCCCGAGGUCAAGAGGCUCCAGGACCAGCGCGCCGCGGACCUCCAGCACUGCCUCGCUGGAAUGGACGAGGCGCUCGCUGGCUGGAGGCGUGUUGCCAUGGGCUUAGGCGACAUCACCGAUGAGGAGGUCGAGGGCGCUGGCGACGAGGCCGACGCGCCCGGCAUUCGGAGCGACUUCUAUGACAAGUACCACGGCGCAAAGCGUUACGACGGUUUGGCGACUUUUGAGAGUGAGUUCUGGGGUCUCGGUACCUUGCAGAAGGGUGGGGGCUUACAGGAUGAGGACAAACAGAAGAUGGCAGACUUGAAGCUGCCCGACGUGCCGCCCUUCCCCGACCUGAGCUUCAAGGAGAAGCCCACCAAGGAUGGGUUCGAGGUCACGUGCGCGGUGGAGGUCAGCAGCAGUUUCGGGGAGCUGUGCGACGGCGAUGUCUUGAAGAAAAGCCAGGGCUGCGACAUCGAGGAGUGCAACAGCAAGAAGAUCAUUGAGAUGUCGGAGGUGGCGGAGAGCAUCGUAAGCCUCUCAGCGGUGACGUCCGACGAGCGUGGUGCCGACGAUGACCAUGAGGGGGCCCGCGGUCUAGGAGUGCGUCUUCCGCUCUCGGCUGGCAAGUCCAAGGGCACGGGCGGCGCCGGCGCUAAGGGCUUCAAGGUGCUUGGCAAGUUCUACCAGUCGGAGGAUGACAUUCCCACCGAGGCUCUCCUGCAGCUCGCGGAGGUGAGGUUCGGGAUUCCCACUGCCGCCAAGUUGCGCGAG